AUGAGAAGAUAUUCACGUUGGAACAGGCACAUAACCCCUCAAAAUGACAGACAUUACUCUACAGAGCCUCCUGGAGACUUGGCCAUCGUCGAACACCGUCAACACCCUCGGGGCAUUAUGUGGGCCGGUAUCUGUGCAUCGGGCAAGACCCCUUUGAUUUUUGUUGAUGAAGGAGUAAAAAUCAAUAAAGAAGUUUACCAAAAGGACAUUCUGGAAGCCGUAGUACUGCCUUGGUCACGAGAACACUUCAAGAACACCAAAUGA